CUUACUGAUCACCCCCUUACUUGGAGAUUGACUGAUAUAAGCAUUCUCGUAGAACCCCAACAAGGGAUAUGCUCGUGGUGCAACGCGAUCUGAGAAUAUUGCCUCAGCCUUUCCCUCCCCCAGUCGACUAUGCUGUCCUUACGCGUGCGUGGCACGCGUUUAGUUGGUCGCGUGACUAGGACUUCCCUCUCACAGACGAAGGCCCGAAACUUUUACUCAGGGAAGGACACAUCUCCAGCUGCCAACAAGACAUGGAAGUCCUUUGCAAUUGCUGGCGCAGUUAGUGCACCAGGCUUUUGGUUGUUGACAUCCACUCGCGACGACGAUGUGCCUCGUCUCGAGGCUCCACCAACCGGACACUUAGUGGCCGAGGCGGGUCCUUCCAAAGACGAAGUGACGCGUAUCAUAUCUCAAGAUGCAUAUUCAUUUGCAGUCAGGAGUGUUGCUGGGGUGAACAGAUACGAUGGCACACAGCUAGAGUCCAAUAGCCUGUGCGAGGACCGGUUCACCCAUGGUAUGUUCCCGUCACCGUUGAAUGAUGGCACUCAAUGGAUGGCCUGGGCGGUCUUCGACGGACAUGCUGGCUGGCAAACUGCAGAGCUCUUGAAGGAUCAACUCUUGCCGUUUGUGCGACACAGCUUGAGCCAAGUUAAGUCAGCAUCCUCUGGUGAAGAAUCCAUACCCGACGAGGUGUUUCACCACGCAAUCAUGAAGGCGUUUGUGGACCUGGAUGAUUCGAUUAUAAAGACAGCCAUGCAAACUGUCCAGAGUAGUGAAUCGCUGCAGGACAAGCUGAAGAAGCUGGCUCCAGCUUACGCUGGUUCAUGCGCUCUACUCUCCAUGUAUGACUCGGCCACAAGCUCAUUGCACGUGGCGUGUACUGGAGAUUCCAGAGCGGUUUUGGGACAACAAAUGCCAGAUGGCAAUUGGGAGGUAAUCCCAUUGUCAGUCGACCAGACUGGCAGCAAUGAGGAUGAGGUUGAGCGAAUUAACCAGGAGCACCCGGGCGAAGAGAACAUAGCGAAAAAUGGACGGAUUCUAGGGAUGAUGGUCUCGCGAGCUUUUGGCGAUAGUCGGUGGAAGUGGGCUUUGGACCUACAGCAGGACCUCAAGGAAAGGUUUGGGGGGCCAUCACCCCUGACGCCCAGGUACGACGUUCGCACACCACCAUAUCUAACUGCCGAGCCUGUUGUGACAACUACGAAGAUUGAUCCGAGUAAACCUUCGUUUGUCAUACUUGCCACGGACGGCAUGUGGGAUACACUCUCCAAUCAGCAGGCUGUAAAUCUAGUGGGUAAAUGGCUGGAUGCACAAAUCCAUGGGCAUCCAUACAGCGAACCGAAAGCAGAGUAUAAACGUGUCGACUUCGGUGACCUUGGAAAUGGGGUGGGCUGGGAAUUUGAGGAGGGGAGAACGACAAUCCAAGAUGAUAAUGUUGCCGUGCACCUGGUGCGCAAUUCCCUCGGGGGAAACCACCACGAGCUCAUAGCAGGCCGUCUCGCUCUGGGUUCUCCUUUCUCCCGCAAUAUACGGGAUGAUAUGACCGUGCAAGUGGUUUUCUUCAACUGCCCACAUCUACCAUCAAAGUAGGCCACAAGUGACAUAGUAAAAGAAUCCACGAUGACUUAUCUUCAUAAAUGUUUGUUUAAUCCCAAGUAUAAUUAAGCGGCCCACUUGGGGUGGCUACUACAACCGGUCAUGAAGUUAUCUCGGCAGCAACCUCAAAGGAGGUGAAAGCAAAUGCCAUGCCUGAUGUGACGUUGGAUUCGCCGGCUGAUCGCUAUCGUAAACUCAUCCGGUCACUGAUGAUGCCGCUAUAUAGGUGGGAAGAUAUCUCACAUGGCUUUGAAGUUAAUCUCGAGCCUCGGAAACUAUGGCCCACAUCCGGUAUUGAACAC